CUAAAAAUGUCAAUACAAAAAUACUCGAAUGUACAGGCGGCUCAAUUAUAAUAAUAAAAAUAAGUUAAAAGUGAUAUAAAAUAUAGUUAUAAAUAAAAUAAAACAAGAAAAUUAGUGAAUGAAAAUGAAAUUUGUUAUAAAUCACCUUAAUCAAAAAGCCCGUACGGGUUUUUUGAAAGAAAUAGAAAGCAUGCCAGGAGUAGUUUACGAAACGCCGUUGUUAUUACAUUAUACAAAAGGUGCUAAUUUACCCCACAUCACGAGGGAAGUAUUUGAAAUGAUUACAAAAAAUCCAGAAGCUAUCAGCGUAUCAUUAACAAGUACUAUGACAUUUUUGAAGUCUUUGGAAGAUUUUAAAGACGGCAUUGCUAAAUUUGCAGCUAUGGGAGACUGCCUUACUUAUUUAUCCUUUCAAGACACUGGUGUAAAAUCAGUGGAAGGGCACAGUGAUAAAAAUAAUAUACCAUUAUGGACUAGACAUGGAAAAGUUCUGUUAGAUCCUACAAAAUAUAUAGAUAUAAUUUCAAAAUUUAAACCAGAUAUUUAUCAUACACUUUGUGAUGACAACACUGGACCAAAUAGUAGUGAAAAGCUUUUAACAAAAGCUGUUUCGAAAUCUAAUGAAAUGUUCAACAAAUGCAUGGAAUUGCAUGUUGAUAACAAAUGGCUAAUGCAAAAUUGUUUUGUCUUAGCUGCAGUAACCGGAGGAUACAGCAAAAACCAUUGUGAAAAUAGUUUGAAAUGUAUUUUGGAAUCGAAGUAUUUUUCAAGUGUAGGAGGAAUAUUGAUUAAUGGUCUUCAAGCAAAUGGACCAUUUAAUGAAAAUCUUUGCAAUGAUGAUUUUUAUAAAAUCAUAGAAUAUGUAAUUUCAAAUUCACCACCUUCAUUACUACGGUCUGUUAGUGGUUCCUUUCCACCAAUAAUUAUUAUGAAAUUAAUAUCUCUGGGAAUUGAUGUUUUCGACACAAGUUAUGCAAAUAAUGCUACAGAAAGAAAUUGUGCCUUAACAUUCAGUUUUGAACCCAAAAAUCAAAAUGGGAAUGAAGCAGAAAUAAAUUUGGCUGAUGAUAAGUAUAAAGAAGAUUUCACACCCUUAUUGAAAGAUUGCCAGUGUUUAGCUUGUACCAAACACACAAAAGCCUAUGUAAACCAUUUAACGGCUACAAAAGAGUUACUAGGAUCAGUUUUACUAGCAAUACAUAAUACACAUCACUAUAUGAAGUUUUUUGAAACAAUCAGAAAAAACAUCAAUGAAAAUAAUUUUGAUAGCCUAAAGCAACACAUUGAAAUGCAGUAUGAAAAAAAUAGUUAA